AGCAGGGUGACAGUAAGCUCCCAGUGACACCAGCAGCACUCAGGACCAGCAGCACCCAGCGAGCACCUCCCCCAUUCAGAGCCCAGCGGAGAGGCAUGUACACCCGGAGAGCCGAGAGACCCCGGAGAGUCAAGUCCUUCGACUCCAUGAACACCAACUUCGAUGACAACCAGAUGAACAAUGAGUUCCACAAAUCAAAUUAUAUAAAGAUCGAAGACAACAAGGAAAAUAAUCAGAGCGUGGCUGAAAAGGGACGGGCGUCGAUCAUCUUCUCUCUGAAGAAUGAAGUCGGUGGACUUGUGAAGGCGCUUAAACUUUUUCAGGAAAAACAUGUAAAUCUGAUUCACAUUGAAUCUCGGAAGUCGAAGAGAAGGAACUCGGAGUUCGAGAUAUUCCUGGACUGCGACAGCAACAGAGAAGAGCUGAAUGAGAUCAUCCAACUGCUCCGGCCGCACGUCAACCUGAUCACCAUGAACCCAUCGGACAGCUUCUGCGUAGAGGAGGACGAUAUGGAGAGUGUUCCGUGGUUUCCCACCAAGAUAUCUGAUCUGGACAAAUGUGCGAAUAGAGUUUUGAUGUACGGGUCCGACCUGGAUGCAGAUCACCCUGGUUUUAAGGACAAUGUGUAUCGCAAGAGGCGGAAAUAUUUUGCAGAUGUCGCAAUGAAUUACAAACAUGGGGCCCCCAUUCCUUAUAUUGAGUUUACAGAAGAGGAGGUGAAGACUUGGGGCACCGUCUUCCGGGAGCUCAAUAAGCUCUACCCGACGCACGCCUGCCGGGAGUACCUCAAGAACCUCCCCCUGCUGAACAAACACUGCGGCUACCGCGAGGACAACGUACCGCAACUGGAGGACGUCUCCCGCUUCCUGAAAGAGCGCACAGGCUUCAUCAUCCGCCCCGUGGCCGGCUACUUGUCCCCGAGAGAUUUCCUGGCGGGCUUGGCAUUCCGGGUAUUUCACUGCACGCAAUACGUCAGACACAGCACCGACCCGCUCUACACUCCUGAACCUGACACCUGCCAUGAGCUCCUCGGGCACGUGCCCCUCCUGGCUGAGCCCAGCUUCGCACAGUUUUCCCAGGAGAUCGGACUGGCAUCUCUGGGGGCAUCUGAUGAAGCUGUUCAGAAACUGGCUACGUGCUACUUCUUCACCGUGGAGUUUGGCCUUUGCAGACAAGAAGGGAAACUGAAGGUAUACGGAGCCGGUCUGCUCUCCUCCAUCAGUGAGCUCAAACACUCUCUCUCCGGUAAUGCCAAAGUGAAGCCUUUUGAUCCCAUGGUGACCUGCAACCAAGAAUGUAUUAUCACCACCUUCCAGGAUGUCUACUUUUACUCUGAGAGUUUUGAAGAAGCCAAAGAAAAAAUGAGGGAGUUUGCAAAGACAAUUAAGCGCCCCUUUGGACUGAAAUAUAACCCAUACACCCAAAGUGUGCAGGUGCUAAAAGACACGAGAAGCAUCACCGAUGUGGUCAAUGACUUACGUUAUGAAUUGGACAUUGUCAGCGAUGCCCUGAACAAGAUGAACAAAAAGCUUGGUGUCUGAUGGAAUGCAGACACGCAGAGGCUAUAACUCUCCAAAAUCGGAAACCACCAAUGAUGAUGACCAUUUUUGUUUUUUUUUUGUUUCAGAAUAUUAUUUAUCAAUGAAAUUCUAUACUAGCGCUUGAAUGUUACAGUUUUGUCCAGAGAUUUAUUUUUAUAAACAAUUUAGGACUGACUACCUGAGACUAGAGGCUAGAUGUAACAUGUGGCUUUUUCUAAAAAUACAGAAAACUAGGGGUAGAAAGACUCCACAGGACUUGGUAAUAUCAUAUAUCCCUUUAAUAUCCCUUUAAAUAAUAGUUAUUCUUGAAUAAUCAAUAUACAGUACAUGUAUCAGGAACAGGAACAAGUUGAAGCACCACUUUAGGUAAUGAUGGCUAUCCUCUUGUAAUCCUUCGGGAGGGUAACUGAACUUCUUUGGGCCCUGAAUGAAGACAUUGGUUAUUAAAAGUACUUAUUAUAUAUGUAAAAUCGUCAUACAAUAAGAAGGAAAGCAUAAUAUAUAUAUAUAUAUAUAUA